UGUUUCAGUGUAUCUGACGAAGUGUGCAUGCACACAAAAGCUCAUACCAAAAUAAAAACUUAGUUGGUCUUUAAGGUGCUACUGAAGGAAUUUUUUUAUUUUGCUUCGACUCAGACCAACACGGCUACCUACCUGUAACCAUAUUUCCUUAGUUAGCAUUUCCAAUAUUAGAAUAAAUAACAGUGGCGACAUGGGAAAACCUUGUCUUGUCCCUUUUUCAAUACUGCAUUUCCCCAUGAUAUUGCCAUUUAUUGUUGGCAGCCAGGUUAAUGGGUUACAGAGUAGAGUUGCAGAAACGUGAGGUGUCAUGCUGUCAAAAGAUCAGAGUGGAUACCCAUCAUUUGUUGCCAAAUGCCAUCUAAGCAUUUAUUUUGGGUUUAAACAUUAAUUCCAGAGGCUAGGUGAAAAAUCUCCCUUGGGGGAGAUUGCAGUUGCAGAAGGGAAGGGGAGAAAGAAGCCGGCAAUGACUGACACUGGGGAAAUCAUCAAAGCUCUCGGAGACUUUGGGCGAUUCCAAUGGCGGUUGGUGGUGCUCAUCUCACUAGCCACGCCAAGCCUCGCCUUUCAUAUGUUUUCCCAGUUAUUCAUGGUCCUAGAAGAGCCCCAUCAUUGCAACACAAGCUGGUUCAACGCCCUCAGCUUGAACCUGACCGAAGAGGAACGGCUGGUCUUGACCCUUCCCAAAAAGCCCGAUGGGACAUUUGAAGAAUGUCUCAUGUACACUCCAGUGGACUGGGCUCUCCAUGCCAUCAUACAAUAUGGACUUAAUUCUACCGAAAAAUGUCGCCGUGGCUGGGUUUAUCCUUCAAACCAAGAGCCUUCCUUGAUCGCACAGUUUGACCUGGUGUGUGACAGGGAAUAUUUAAACGACAUCUCGCAAUCUAUUUACAUGCUGGGCCUUCUCGCUGGAGCGCUGGUGUCUGGUCUGUUAAGUGACCGGUUUGGUCGGCGGCCAAGUAUUCUGUUGUCCAUGCUCAUUGAAGGCGUGUUUGGGGUUGCUACGGCCUUUGCUCCCAAUUUCUACCUCUACAUUGCAUUCAGAUUUCUUGUGGGUGCUGCUGUUUCCGGAUUCGUGAUAAGCACUCUAGCUUUAGCUACAGAAUGGGUUGGAAUUGUCUACCGUCCACAUACGGUGAUUAUCAGCCAUGCAGCCUUUGCCGUGGGGCAGAUGAUCCUGGCUGGCUUGGCUUAUGCCUUUCGAGACUGGAGAACGCUGCAGCUUGCUGGAUCCGCCCCGGUUUUUGCUCUCUUCUUCUACCUGUGGGUCCUUCCUGAAUCUGCUCGGUGGCUGGUGACCAAAGGAAAAAUAGAAGACGCCAAGAAGCUUCUCCAGAAGGCAUCUUCUGUCAAUCAGCGAGACAUCCCACUGAAGCUGUUAGAUGAGCUGAAACCUGAAAAGACCAUGUCUGCAGGCGUUUGGGAACUGUUUAGAAACCCCCACAUGGGGAAGGUGACUUUUGUCAUAUCAACAGUCUGGUUUGUCAACAGUUUGGCGUACUACGGCUUGAGCUUGAACGUGGGCGGUUUUGGUUUCAAUAUCUACCUGACGCAGGCUAUCUUUGGGGCUGUUGAAAUUCCAGGUCGUCUCUCCUGCAUCUUCCUGAUGCAGUGGUUAGGGAGAAAGAAAUGCCAAUCCUCCGCCUUGCCUGGGGGAGCCUUUUGCCUUCUCAUCGCAGUCAUCCCAAAAGAUCUGCCUAUACUAGUAACGGUGUUUGCCAUCAUGGGGAAGUUUAUCAUGUCUGGUUCCUUAUCUAUAUCGUAUAUGUAUUCUGCAGAGCUGUUCCCAACUAUUGUCCGGCAGACUGGAGUGGGGUUGUGCCAGACGACAGCCAGAUUGGCAGGCAUCAUCUCGCCUUUGAUUGGUCUCUUGGACAAGUACCACCCCUCUAUCCCUGUGGUGAUAUUUGGCAGUGCAGCCAUGGCUGGUGGACUCCUUGCUUGCUUGCUUCCGGAGACGUGCGGCAAGGAACUGCCGGACCGCAUGGAUGACGUUGCACACUAUCAGAGGCCCAGCAAAAGAAUUAACGAACCAUGCAGAGCGGCUGCCAAAGAUCCCAGAAUGAUCAGAUUUGGAGACAUCUUGAAGGUGAUCGGAGAAUUCGGGAGGUUUCAGAAAUGGCUGGUGCUGCUGAUCUGCAUCCCCAAUUUCCUAAUUCCCUUUCACGUGUUCGGACAAGUGUUCAUUGUCAUGGACGUGCCUCACUACUGCAACACGAACUGGAUCCUUAAUAUUACCCAAAACCUGACCCAAGAGCAGCAGCUGAAUUUGACCAUUCCCAGGAAACUAGAUGGCUCUUUUGAGGAAUGUUCCAUGUUUAGUCCUGUGGAAGGGGAUAUCGAUUCAAUCAUAAAAUAUGGACUAAAUUCCACAGAAGGCUGCCGAGAUGGUUGGGUGUACCCCACAGAUCCAACGCCGUCGUUGCUGACAGAGUUUGACUUGGUUUGUGACCGAAAUAACUUAAAAGACGUCUCUCAAUCUAUUUACAUGGCGGGUGGUCUUGUGGGAGCCCUGAUCCUUGGCCCGCUGAGCGACUUGAUUGGAAGUCACAAGAUGAUCCUGCUCAGCCUCCUCCUCAUGGGCUCCUUUGGUGUUGGGGCAGGAUUUUCUCCACAUUUCUACGUCUACACCACCCUGAGAUUCAUCGUGGGCGCUGGUUUUGCUGGGAUCAGCAUCAGCAUGUCAGCUUUAACUUCGGAGUGGGUUGGGCCUUCCUAUCGCCCGCUUGCGAUGAUCAUCAGCUACUGCUUCCAAGGCAUUGGGCAGAUGGCCUUGGCUGGUUUGGCAUACUCGAUCCGUGACUGGAGGAACUACCAGUUUGCUGGCUCUGCUCCAGCAUUUGCCCUCUUUUUUUAUAUAUGGGUUCUUCCCAAGUCUGCGCGAUGGCUUGUGACAAAAGGGAAGGUCGAGGAAGCCAAAAAGGUGCUUCGAAAGGCUGCUUCCAUUAACAAACGAACCAUCUCAGAGGAACUACUCAACCAGCUGGCUCCAGAAGAGAAGGUGAAAUCCGGGAAUAUCCUGGAUCUUUGCAAGAAGCCGCGUCUAAGGAUUUUGACUUUAAUCAUGGCCAUAGUCUGGUUUGCAGACAGUCUUGUGUAUUAUGGAGUGAGCCACCAGGUUGGGGAUUUUGGCUUGGACAUCUACAUGACCCAGCUUGUGUUUGGAGCUGUGGAAAUACCGACUCGAGCCUCCUGUAUCUUCCUCCUCCAGUGGAUGGGGAGGAAGAAAUGCCAGGCUGCUUGGCUUCUCCUGAGCGGAGUUGUGUGUUUGAUCAUCCCUGCUAUUCCAACAGACUUCCCUGUGAUCGUGACGGUGCUGGCUGUUAUUGGCAAGUCUGCACUGGCUGCCUCCUUUUCAACCACAUAUGUGUUUUCUGCUGAAAUCUUUCCCACAGUUAUCAGGCAAAGCAGUAUAGGCUUGUGCUCCGUGGUUGGCAGAGUAGGCGGCAUCCUUGCCCCGCUGGUUGUUCUCCUGGACAAAUACCACCCUGCUAUUCCCAUGGUGAUACUUGGAGGCACAGCACUGUUUGCGGGAAUCCUCUGCUUUUUUCUUCCUGAGACGCAGAACCAAGAUCUUCAGGACGACAUAGGAGAAUCCCCAGCAAGCCAGAUGUCCAACACGGCUGUCAACAGUAGCUUUGAAAAUGGACUUGUGCAGAAAGAAGAUCGCCAAACGAAAGAAGCCACCAUCACUACACGCUUCUAGUAGAAAUAACAAAUCCACUUGGAUCCAAAGGACGUUUAGUGAAGAUGUCAGGGAUGAGUGAAUUGGUCGUUUUGAUUUCUCCCAGUUUCUCAUCUCUCGAAACUUAACUCUAGUUCUUCACAUUCCCACACCAGUUUCUUCAGUCCUCAUGAAGAUUUACCAGCACUUUAAUGUGAAUUUCUCCCAAUACGCACAUUUUUGUACACAUCUUUCUCUGAUACAAUGCAUUUUGGUAUGUUGUUUUCACUAAUAUAUGCAUUUCUAUGCACACUUCAAUAUAUGCAUGUUCAAUCACUUUGCUUGGCUGGAGAACAGCAUUUCAAUAUUUGGGGAAGUGCCAGUCCCAAAGGACGACAUAUUGUUUCAAAAAGAGCAAACUCUGCUGGUUUGCCUUUCAGUGCAAACUGAAUUGCAUUCCUCUGCUCACAUUAGAGCACUCAGUUCAACUCCCUAAAUAACCUCAGUGGUGGAGGAACACACACUUUUUUUUUCAUGCUCAAGGUCCCAGGUCCAAUCACCAGGUUCUCCAAUUAGGAAGCUCUCUGGAUGAGGCAUGUUUUGUGCAUGCACCAAGUCACCAGUUCGAAAUUCUGGAGAGAUGUGAUUAGACAUCUCUAAGCAGCAACAAGGCAGCUUUGUGUGCUCAUAAGACAGAAACGUGGCACAAGCAAUAUGGAUUUGCUGACCCAGGUGCAGUGAAGCCGUGGGAAGUUGGGGCUAAGGCACGGUGAAGCUGCAAGCAUUUGGGGACAAAAAGGGCUGCAACUUCAUUUAUUACAGGUGUCAGCAGGUUUUGGCGCAGGCGUUGGCAGGGUUAACCAAGAUGAAGAAUCGCCCCAUGGCAUACAUCAAAUUGGGGUGACUCGCUGUGAGCACCAUCUUGGCCCACCAGUCCCCAUCGGGGCGUUCAGACAGAAGCAUCUCCCCUGGAUCUCCUUAACAGCAUAGCAUAAUUUUCAACCUUUUUGAAUCCAUAGCUCCCUUGACCAGCUGCAUUCUUUCUGCAGCAGCCCUGUGGGGCUCCGGUGCCCAGUUACGUCACCCCUUGCCUGCAGAGCUAGCAGCCUCACCCUUUUUUGAACACCCUUCCUUGUGGAGUCUUCCCUCAGCCUCCUCUCUUCUCCCCUCCCCUUGGGAGUCCUCUGGGCAGCUGCUGCUGCCCCCCCCCGGUCUUUGAACUGCCCCCUGCCUCAAAAAGAGGUGCCGCCUCACACUUCCCCACAGGGGCCUGGAAAGAGGAUGCCCCCAGCAGUAGUGGCCCAACAGAGACUGGUCAAAGGUGAACAUGAGGUCAGCACUUUACCAUGGGAGGCAGCAGUGGGUGCAGCUGGGUCUGCUUAGCAGAAAGGUUCCCCUUCAGCCCUGGGCACUCAGCUCCCAGGCAGGAAUUGCACACAGCAAGCACAAGAAAGGCCAGUGCACACACACACACCGUCCUGCGCAGCCUCCCAUUUGUCUGUCCAUUCCCAACAGCAAGGGCUGGUGGACUGGCUGUCUGGGCUCCCUCACCGAGUUGCUUGCUUACUCCAGGUCCGCCUCAGCACCAUUCACCUUGGGAGCUUGUAGCCAGGGCUGCAACAAACAGCUGUGCAAGCCUUUGGAAGGCAGAGAUGCAGGAGGACAUCAGAGGAGAGAGGGAAAAGCAGGACUGAGGUCAGUGUUGCUCGUGGCACCCCUGACCAUCAUUCAAGGCACCCCAGGUUGCCACGGCACACGGGUUGAAAACCACUGGCAAAGCCGAUUCCUUGGACCUGCGUGGGGCUCCCAACACCCUCUUUGACCAAGGAUCCAACCCAAUGCCUUGUUGUUGUUUAGUCGUUUAGUCGUGUCCGACUCUUCGUGACCCCAUGGACCAGAGCAUGCCAGGCACUCCUGUCUUCCACUGCCUCCCGCAGUUUGGUCAAACUCAUGUUCGUAGCUUCGAGAACACUGUCCAACCAUCUCGUCCUCUGUCAUCCCCUUCUCCUAGUGCCCUCCAUCUUUCCCAGCAUCAGGGUCUUUUCCAGGGAGUCUUCUCUUCUCAUGAGGUGGCCAAAGUAUUGGAGCCUCAGCUUCACGAUCUGUCCUUCCAGUGAGCACUCAGGGCCGAUUUCCUUCAGAAUGGAUAGGUUUGAUCUUCUUGCAGUCCAUGGGACUCUCAAGAGUCUCCUCCAGCACCAUAAUUCAAAAGCACCAGUUCUUCGGCGAUCAACCUUCUUUAUGGUCCAGCUCUCACUUCCAUACAUCACUACUGGGAAAACCAUAGCUUUAACUAUACGGACCUUUGUUGGCAAGGUGAUGUCUCUGCUUUUUAAGAUGCUGUCUAGGUUUGUCAUUGCUUUUCUCCCAAGAAGCAGGCGUCUUUUAAUUUUGUGACUGCUGUCACCAUCUGCAGUGAUCAAGGAGCCCAAGAAAGUAAAAUCUCUCACUGCCUCCAUUUCUUCCCCUUCUAUUUGCCAGGAGGUGAUGGGACCAUGAUCUUGGUUUUUUUGAUGUUGAGCUUCAGACCAUAUUUUGCGCUCUCCUCCUUCACCCUCAUUAAAAGGUUCUUUAAUUCCUCCUCACUUUCUGCCAUCAAGGUUGUGUCAUCUGCAUAUCUGAGGUUGUUGAUAUUUCUUCUGGCAAUCUUAAUUCCGGCUUGGGAUUCAUCUAGUCCAGCCUUUCACAUGAUGAAUUCUGCAUAUAAGUUAAAUAACCCAAUGCCUUAUCUGCCACCAAGUUGUGACAAUUGCUAUGAGGUGGGCAAAACCCCCAGACAGGCCCAAUAUCAUGUGAAGGCAAAUUCCUCCCUGGCCCUGAAUAUGGCGACCAAAAGUUUCCACAGCAAGCUCUCACACAGGGCCUGCCCGGCUGUCUGCCAGCCGACC